AUGUACGCCGCCAGACCGAAGCUGUCCUUAAGCAUCUCUGCUGCGCAGAAUGUGACCCGUCCAUCUCUUUCGCUCAAGUCGCCGAGCGCCAUGUCAAUUCCUCGCUCUCCUCUCUCACCAGUCCACACGUCGAGUCCAACAGCCAAGCGCUUUUCUUCUUUGCAAGUGCCAUCUUACAGCUACACCAAUUCAUGUUCCUCGAAGAGCAUUCUCAAGAAGCACUCGUCCGCGCGAGCGGGCGUCCCCGAAAAGCGCAUACAAUUCAAAGGCACACCAACGGUGCACUGCGUGACUCCAAUCGAGAACCCAGAUGAAUACUACGGCAAGCACACCAAGAUGUCCCGUGAAGAGCGACGAUGGGCAGUACGCGAGUGA